AGGGGAGGGUGAACUCAUUCUCGAGGCAGCAGACCUGCGCUACAACAAGGCUUGACUAAGCGGUUGCUGUCUCCAUGUGGAUCAAUGCCAAUAAGAGAGAGAGAAGUCAAUGAGAGCUCCUGCAGUUGUUUGGUUUGGAAACUUUAGCUUCAUAUCAGGCGCUUCUGGACAGCUUGAAUGACAGCGAGGAGGGCGGAAUCGGUUCCUCUUUGAUGCCUGCCAGUUCUGUAUCACAGCCUACAGCUCUGUCUUGUGUCGGUAUAGGCUACAUGGCGACAUUACUGUUUAUUUAUUUCUCUGCGUGAUUCGACUUAUUGCCAAUGAGCGCGAGUCGCAGCUUGUGUGAAGUUCAUCAUCAUCAUCAGCAGCAGCAGCAGCAAGAGAAGAAGAAGCAGAAGAAGACCUUUUAAGGAACUUUUUGAAGGAGCGGGUAGAGUUGGACUGCUGGAGAAGUGUUUUUUUUUUCUUCUUUUGAGUGUUGAAGUUUUUGUUACAAGAGGAAGUUAUGACUUCGGUUUGGAAAAGACUGCAGCGAGUUGGUAAAAAGGCUUCAAAGUUUCAGUUCGUCGCCUCUUACCAGGAACUGACUUUGGAGUGUACGAAGAAAUGGCAACCAGACAAGCUAAGGGUGGUGUGGACCAGGAGGAACAGGCGCAUGUGCUCAAAGCUCCACAGUUGGCAGCCUGGAAUCAAGAACCCCUACAGGGGCAUGGUAGUGUGGCCUGUCCCAGAGAACAUCGACAUCUCUGUUACACUCUUCAAGGAGGUCAAUGCUGAUGAGUUUGAGGACAAAGAGUGGACCUUUGUUAUUGAGGGUGAGAACAAGGGGCAUCGUAAGGUGCUGGCAUCAGCAGACAUCAACCUGAAGCGGUUUGCCAGUCCGACGCCGACCCAGACUGACCUGACGCUGAAGCUGAAGCCACUGUCCGUCAAAGUGGUGGAGGCCACACUCAAGCUGUCGCUGUCGUGUGUCUUUGUUCGUGAGGGGAAAGCCACGGAUGAAGACAUGCAGAGUUUGGCCAGCCUGAUGAGCGUCAAACCCACAGAUAUCGGCAACUUGGACGACUUUAAUGAGAGCGAUGAAGAGGAGGACAAGAAAUCUGUCACUGCUACAGUAGUUCCACAUACUCUAAUUCGCCCAAAUCGCCCUGCUCCCCCUCCCCCCGACAAGCGAAACUCCACCGGACCCACUCUUCCAGCCUCAGCCUGUGAACGUGAUGGCGGACCUGCCGUCCACUCCCGCCCCCCUCUUCCCAUCGCUCCUCGCCCCUCGCCCCGGCGCUGCCGACACCCCUUUGCCACCACCCCUGUCCAGUCAGAGAUCCAACCUUCCCCCGGCCCCUCCCCUCAGCCCUCACCCAGAUCCAAACAUAAAAAAUCAAACAACCCUUUUCUAGAGGAGGCUCUUGCUUCUUCCGACGCACUACCUAAUCCUCCGAGCUCCCAGGUCACGGCACCUACUCCCCUGUUUCAGAGUGCUUCCUCCAUCCUGCCUGUCUCCGAUGUGUCUCCUGCAAAUCCUCCGUCCCCCAAAUCCUCCCAGAAUCCACCUUCUACCCAAAACACUUCCUCUUCCCUCCAUUCUCCAGCUCCCAAAUUCUCUGAAUCUGUGUCUAUUUCAGUGGAUCCGUCUUUAACAACGCCCUCUGGCCCCCUGAAUUCCUCCUCAAAUACUGCCUCAAAACUGUCCUUAAAGCCCCCCGAAAGUACCUCAUUAACUACCAAACUUCCCUCCCCUGCUGUGUCUUCACCCAUAAAUAUCAUAACAUCAUCCUCCACGGCUCCCCAAAAGUCUUCUCUCACUGUAUCCACUACUCUGACCCAUAAAACCAUCACCUCCCAGCAUCUCCCAUCCAAGUCAGCCUCUCCCCCAAAGGCCACUCUGUCCUCUGAGCCCCCAUCCACUCACCCUCCACUCACCCGGACCCUCUCUCAGCCUCCGUCUCUUCCCAGAAUCUUCCAGUCAGGCUCAGGAAAAGUCCCUGUUUCACAUCAACGGCGCCCCCCAGAGGUUCAAACUGAAGAUGAUCUUACUUCAACCUCUGGCCGUUCUCACAUUUUCAGACCUCAGAUUGUCAAGUCAAUCGCCCGUCCCUCCUCUCCCUCUCCUUUUUCCGCUGACGUCCCCCCUCUUACGUCAACACCUCCUCUUCCCAAAUCUCAUCCCUCUAUCUCAGAGUCAGGUGCUCAAGGGGCGUGGCUGGCAUCUGGUGCUGACAUCACCCCUGUCCCUCUGCUGACUAGUCCUGACCUUGAUGCUCUCUGCGACCCCAUGGCUCCGGCCCUUGCUGCCUCCUUUCCACACUCUUCACCCACUCGCUCCUCUUCUCUGUCCACCUCUGUUUUAUUCUCCUCUCCUCAACCUCAGCUUGUUGUCUCUCCUUCUGCUCCUCCUGCUCAGAUCAGCUCCUGUCAGUCAGGCUCAACGUUCCCCUUCACUCAAGUGGGCAAGGAAACAACUCCAAGCCCUGUAAGCCGAGGCGAGGGAUCUCCUCAACAUAACCAGACAAUGGCCAACAUCAGAAUAUCUAACCAGGCAAUCACAGCAGCCCAGGAUUCAAAGGCAGCCAUCACAGAAAACAAAGCUGAACCAGCAAGGAUCAGUCCUGCCCAGUCAAGUUCAGAGCUGAUAAUAGCCCCGCCCCCUCCAUGGCCCUUCUCGUGCUGCGAGAUCUCCACCCCUCAGCAGCCCACCACUACUUUUGUGGCGGCAUUUAUCACUCCUAAGAAGCCAAAUGUUCGGGGGGGUAACGAGGUGAAAAAACCAACCCAUGAGGCACGGGGUAUUAUUAGCGCCUUUAAGGCUGAAAAGCCACCACUGGCACAGCCUGAGCCCGAGCCCGACUUUGACGACAUCAUCUUUGAGUCAUUUAACCAGAGACAAGGAUCAGGGGGUUUGUUUCUGGAAGAGGAUGACUCUAAGAGGGAUACUAUCAAAAGGUGUCCUCCAGGUCUUGAACAGAAAACCAAUGAAAAGGCCUCUGGAGAAAAGCAGUUAGAGGGAGCAGCGAUGGAGAAGGAGGUAAAGAUGAGGGCAGAGCAGGAGAAGCAGAGGGAGAAAGAAAUUCUUAAAAAACAAGAUGACGAAAAGAGGAGGAAGGAGGAAGAGCAAAAAGUCGUGCUUAUGAAGCAGGAGGAGAGGAGAAAACAUGAAGAAGAGAAGAAGAGAUUGUUAGAGGAGGAGAAGAAGAGAUUCUUACAGGAGGAGGAGGAAGUCAAGAAGGAGAAGGAGAGGAGGAAACGUGAGGAGGAGAGACUCCUGCAGGAGAGGAGAGAGAAACAGGAGAAGCUGAAGGAGGAGGAGGAGGAGAAGAGGAAGCUGGACGAGGAGGAGAGGAGAAAAAGAGAGCAGCAGAGGAGACUCCUGGAAGUGGAGGUGGGAAAGGAAAACCUUAGGAGGGAGGAGGAGAAGAGACUUGAGAGAGAGAAUUUCUUGAGGAAUAUGAAAGAGGAGGAGGAUAAAAAGAGGGAGGAGAGGAAAGUGUUUGAGGAGCAAAAAAGGAGGAGGGAGGAAGAGAAAAAGAAGCUCCGGGAAGAAGAAGAGAGGAGGAUGAUGGAGGAGAAAUGCUUGAAGGAGGAAAGAGAGAAGGAGCAACAGAAAUUGAAAGAGGAGGCAAAGAGAAGAAAGAGGGAGGAGGAGGAGAAAAAACAUCUACAGGAGGAGGAAGAGAGAAAGAAAGAAGAGGCAGAGAAGGAGAGGAAGAACAGGGAGGAGGAAGAAAGGAGGAAAGAGGAAGAGAGAAAGAAAAAAGAAUCAGAAGAGGAGAGAAAGAGGAGGGAUGGGGAGGAGAAGAGAGUCAAAGAAGCAGAGGAGAGAAGAAAGAGGGAAGAAAAAGAGAGAGUACUAAAAGAGGAGAAGGAGAGGGAGGAGGCAAGAUUAAGGGAGGCAAAAGAGAAGGAGAGACUCUUAAAGGAGGAGAACGACAGGAUGGAGAAAAGACGUGAAGAGGAGGAGAAGAGGAAAGAGAUACUCUUGAAGGAGCAGAAAGAAAAGGAGAGACGACUGCAAGAGGAGAAGAGAAGGCAGGAGGCAGAGAAGAAGAAAAGGGAAGAUGAAAGUAAAAAGAGAGAAGAGGAGGAGAAGAGACUUAGAGAGGAGAAAGAGAAAGCACAAAAGAGAAUGAAGGAGGAAGAAGACAGGAAGAAGAAAGAGGAGGAACAGAAAAAGAAUCUUCUGCAAGAGAAGGAAGAGAUGGAAAGAAGAAAGAAGAAAGAGGAGGAGGAAGACAAGAGGAGGAAGGAGGAUCGAGCGGCUCCUGUCUGCAGUCUGGAGGCCAACAAGUCAGACGAGGACAAGCAGAAGAUGAGAACUCUGGUUUCUUCAAACACACACACCGACGUCCCUGCUCCCAGCUUCACACACUUGACCCUAGCUAUUAAAGAUCCCGCUCCCCACCUCCCUCCUCCAGACAAAACCAGUGUUACCUCACAAAUUCUCAGCCAAUCAAAAGACAGAGAGACGACCCUUCAGUCAGUUGAUAAACCGAGCUCCGCCUCCAUAAACUCCAGUGAGCGUCUGGGGCAACCCUCUCCCAUAAAGGAAGGUUCAUUGUCAAACAUUGUUGUCCCAGAAAAGCAAAUACGUGCCGCAUGUACUCCACCUGGCAUCCGCUCAGGCCCCACUGUUACAUUAGAGGUGUUGACCCUGGUGCCACCUCCAGAGAGGCUGUCUGAUGCAGAGGUUCCACUAUGGAAAGUGCUAGAAGGGAGAAGUGGGGAAGAGACAACUGAAAAAAUCUCUGCCAAGGAGGGUACAAAAUCUUUGUGCAGAGGCUCUGACAGAGAAGGUGUCGCUGAGGUGGACACCCCUGUCAAGCAGGAGCAGCAGCCAAUAACAGCAAAAGACUCAGAAACACAUCCCAUAGUCCGACCUCCUGCACAACCCAGCGCACCACCAGUUAAAGAGAAGCCCAAAGAGCCAGAGGGACCCAGCGUGGAACCAGCACCCUCACCCGAGGUUUCCCCCAAACCAGUCGGCGAGCGUGUGGCUUUGGCUCUGGAGCCGCUGCUGCCCUCAAAACCAGAACUAAGACUGCGGCCGGAACAAGUUCUCCAGCCAUCAGGAAAACCACAACAGGAGGGAGCAGAUGAGGAGAAACCAGCUGAGGCCGUGGCUGGUGGUCAGGAGGGUUUCGUCAACAAUAAGGCCCCAGUGUGUGAAGCAGAAAAGCAGCUGUGGGCGACUGUGGAGGAGACCACAGCGGAGACAGGAGCGGAAGGAGGGAUGGAAAGUAGUGAGAGCACUGAAGAGAAGGAUGAGAAGCAGGAGGAGGGUGGUGUAAUAGGGGGUGCCCAGAAAUGUGCAGAGGCAGAUGUGUGUGUUGCAGCGCAGCAGAUGGAGGUGCCUGCUGGCUUCAUGUCAGCAGUAGUCGGGGUGUUGUACAGAGGCUAUGAGACAGUGGCCUCCAUCCUGCAGACAACUGGAUCCACUGAUGCAGCUCAUCCAUCCCACUCUGCAGACGAACCAAUGAGUAGUGAAGAUGAGCCGUGUUUACAUGAAGUAGAUGCAGAGAUGCUGUAUUUCUCUGAGCCAGAUGACAAUCCACUCAUUCCCAUUGGUGUGGACGUUUCGCCACCCACAGACUUCUCUGACACAAGAGAAAACCGGACAGAAAUAGUUCAGAAACCAUGUUUGCCCUCACAAGGGCUAAGUCUGGUGGCAAGUCUGAGACUGGCAGCUUGUGAGCAAGAGAAGGAGAGAGAGCUGGAGUGGGAGAGAAGGGAGAAAGAAAGGAUAGAAAACAUGAAGAGGGAGGAAAUAGAGAGGGCAGAGAGGGAGGAGAGAGAGAGGGUGGAAAAAGAAAAGGAGGAGAGGCAGAGGUUGGAAAAGGAGAGAGAGGAGAAGGAGAGGGAAAAGGACGAGGAGAGAAAGAGGUUGGAAAAAGAGAGAAAAGAGCUGGAGAACAAGGAAAGGGAGGAGAGGGCAAAGGCAGAGAAAGAGAGGGCAGAUGCGGAAGAAAAGAAAGCAAAUGAGGAGAGGGAGAAGAAGAGAAAGGAGAAGGAGGACAGGGUGAGGCAAAGGGAAGAGUAUAGCAAAGGAGAGAAACCACAGCAGAAACAAGAUAUCAUUUCAGCAUCCCUACAAAACAAACAGGAAGUCACAAACAACCAAUCAAAUGACUGGCCUCCUCUGAGGGAAGCAGAAUUGGAUGACAUUGCAUUUGAUGAGAGGCUACAGGCUGAUGAAGACCUGUCAGAAAACAAGUCUGAUCCCGAAAAAGUGAAAACUAUUGACACUAAUAGUGAAGCCAAACUGAUUUCGAUCAGUCCUGCUGAUUCUGUCCCUGCAGCCAGACCAACAAACAAGCUCGACUCCAGAUCAGUCAAACCUGAAGACUCUGUAGUCGCCAUUAAGAAAGUCCCGGAUAAUCCCAUUCCGAGAUCAGUUAAAAAAUCCAACCUGAAAUCUGGUGCCCUUCCAGUAUGGUUGAGAGAGGAGGAGGAUGAGGAGGUGGAGUAUGAAAGAGGACAGGAAGAUCUUGGCUCCAUCUGGCUGGCUGAGCUGUACAUGGAAGGGGAAGCAGGGCUAAAAGGCAAACUGGUCGACGUCCCUGAUGGUGCAAAGAAGAAACCACAAUCUCAGGCAAAAGACCCCUCCAGCACAAACACCAGUGAUAAACAAUCUCUUCACCAUCACUGUGAGAUGAAUACAUCUCGACUUCCUACGUUAGCAGAAGAAGAAACCUCUGACCUCAAGACCCCUGAUCCAGUUCCAAUGGUAAGAGAGGAAGCUGAUGGGAAGGAUGAUGCAGCUGAGGGCCUGGUGAACUCUAGCCAGUCACUGCUCCAGUGGUGUCAGAACAUCACCAAUGGGUACCGGGGGGUAAAGGUCACCAACUUCAGCACAUCCUGGAGAAAUGGCUUGGCCUUCUGUGCCAUCCUACAUCACUUCCAUCCAGAUAAAAUAGAUUUUGAUCAGUUGGACCCUCAUGACAUCAAAAUCAACAACAAGAAGGCGUUUGACGGUUUCGAGGCGCUGGGCAUCUCUCGUCUGUUGGAGCCGUCAGACAUGGUUCUUCUGUCCGUCCCUGACAGGCUCAUAGUCAUGACGUACCUUAGUCAGAUCCGCUCACACUUUACCAACCAGGAGCUGAGCGUGCUGCAGAUAGAGCACAACAGCAGCCAGUCCAGCUAUGGCCUCGCCCUUUCAGGUCCUGGUCCCACUAAUGACGACGCUGCUGCUUUCUGCAUGGCCAGACUAAAUGAAGGAGUGAGCCUAGAGGAAGGAGGAAGCAGCACGUUGGUCGUCCCACCACCAAGGACUAAACGACUGCUUAAAGUGGAAGAGUCAAUAAUCCCAGUCCCACCCCCAAGGUCGAUUAACAAAGGAGUCAAAUCUGGAGUGGCUCAGAAUGAAGACACAGUGACUGACUCUACAACAGAAAUCACUAAUAAAACAGAGUUGCAGAGCUCAGCUGAGACCCAGCUUCCCAAACAAGAAGAGGAAACAAUGUGUCUGCAGGACACCAGCCAGUAUGUGCUGAGUGAGCUGGCAGCGUUGGAGACGGAGCAGAAGCACAUCGACAGCAGAGCCGCUGUGGUGGAGAGACGACUGCGAAGCCUCAUGGAAACAGGAAGCGACCGUGAUGAAGAGGAGAGACUGAUCCAGGAGUGGUUCACUCUGGUGAACAAGAAGAAUGCUCUGAUACGCAGACAGGACAACCUGGAACUACUGCAAGAGGAGCAGGAUCUGGAAAGGAGAUUUGAGCUUCUGAACAGAGAACUUCGGGUCAUGAUGGCUAUAGAAGACUGGCAGAAGACGUCCACUCAGCAGCAGAGGGAGCAGCUGCUCCUCCAAGAGCUUGUGUCUUUGGUAAACCAACGGGACGAGAUCAUCAGAGACAUCGACGCCAAGGAGAGAGGGGCACUGGAGGAGGAUGAGCGUCUGGAGCGUGGUCUAGAGAUGAGGAGGCAAAAAUACAGCAACAAAGACAAAUGUGUGCUGCAGUGAGAGGACUCACACAACCAGCUUUUACAACUAAGCCUCUGAAGUCCCGAAAGAUGAUUAUUUUUGUUUUAUUUUGAAUAAAAGAGAAAAACAGGACUUCUCCGGGGCUCCAUAUUUCCCUGUGUUUUUAGUGCCUUUAUUUUCCCAGAGAACUGUUAAUAUAAGGAAACCUGACAGGCUGCAAACUGUGUCUUCUUUGAAAGUGUUCAAAAACCAUUUAAGUCUGUCUUAAUCAAAAAGUAUUAUUUAGAUUUUAUUCACAUAUUUUUAUUUAUUGAAAUUAUGUGUCAGAUUGCUGUACAUUUUUUGCACAUAUGCUGUUUUAUGUGUUUGUGUGUUUAUUUGUUUGUUCAGUUUUUGAUCACUGGCUUUUCCUCUUCUUUUUUAUAUAAAGAAUAGGUUCCCAUCACCACAACAAGAGCUUGUCAUAAUCUGUUGAGGUGGAAAUGUGUCCUUGGAACUUUUAUGGGAAAUCGUUUACAGCUGCUUCUGAUCUGCACACAUUGAGAAAUUUGUUCUGUUUCUGGUGAUAUUCGUCUUUUUGUUGAAGACAUUUCCACCCUGAAAGUGACAAAUAUUUGCUGGUAACAUGCCAAAUCAGAUUAGAUAUAAAAAUAACGUGAUAAGUCAUGAGCUGGACUCAAACCCCCAAUGUUACGAGUACAGGGUACAUGUUUUCAACUGUAGGAUGACCCCUAGAAUAACACUUUGAAAGUAUGAAAGCAUUUCCACUUAUUGCAAUAUUACACUUGAUUGUUUUGUUUUUUUUAGAUGUUACACAUUCUUCAUAUUAAGGAGAUAUCAAACUUCCUGAGCACACAAAGGAUGCAAAUACCCAGAAUGCCUUAAACACCCAGAAUGUGUAUGUUUUGAAUGUUCGUGCCUGUUGGAUCCACAGAAAUGAAGCUGUUUCCUCAUUUCUGUGUCCUUUGACUACUGUAUGCAUGCUUUUUGAGAUGUGCUGAUAAAGUGGUACUCUGCUUCACAUCACCACUGUAUGCCUAUCACACACUGUAUACCUGAUGUUGCUGUCUAUAUUUAUGAGGUGGUGAUGUGAUGUUUGAUAUUGAUAAAUAUGUUAAAGAAAAAUAAAUAUUGGUUGGUUGCUUACA